GCCCCCUUGGUCCUUUCCGGCCUUAAGGUUACUGCUGCCAGCCCAGGGAGCCUGUAUGAGAAGCGCUGGAUAUGGCGGAGAAGCGAGUGUCUCGGUGGUACUUUGGGGGGUUGGCGUCAUGUGGGGCUGCGUGCUGCACUCACCCGCUGGACCUGCUCAAGGUUCAUCUGCAGACUCAGCAAGAGGCGAAGGUGCGCAUGACCGGCAUGGCAAUCACCGUGAUCAGGAAUGAUGGAUUUCUGGCUUUGUACAAUGGUUUGAGUGCAUCACUUUUCAGACAGAUAACCUAUUCUUUGACCCGCUUUGCCAUUUACGAGACUGUAAGAGACCGCUUGGCCCAAGACAAUAAAGCGCCGCUCCCAUUCUACCAGAAGGUUCUGCUGGGAGCGUUCGGGGGAUUUACUGGUGGAUUUGUGGGGACCCCUGCAGAUAUGGUGAACGUAAGGAUGCAGAAUGACAUGAAGCUUCCAGCACAUCUAAGACGCAAUUACGCUCAUGCCUUGGACGGCAUGUACAGAGUCCUUCGAGAAGAGGGCUUCCGGAAGCUGUUCUCAGGUGGCACAAUGGCGUCUAGCAGAGGAGCUCUGGUGACUGUGGGGCAGUUGGCGUGCUAUGACCAGGCAAAGCAACUUGUCCUGAACACGGGUGUUCUGUCUGAUAACAUUUUUACACAUUUUCUGGCCAGCUCCAUUGCGGGUGGAUGUGCCACGUUCCUGUGCCAGCCACUAGAUGUCUUAAAAACAAGACUUAUGAAUUCUAAGGGGGAAUACCGGGGGGUCAUCCAUUGUGCGGCAGAGACUGCAAAACUGGGACCACUAGCUUUUUACAAGGGUCUUGUGCCAGCUGGGAUCAGGCUCAUACCUCACACUGUUCUUACCUUUGUGUUCCUGGAGCAGUUAAGAAAAUACUUUGGGGUUAUAGUUCCAGCCUAAUGUUUUAUCCAACAGGAGAGAUGGACUAUUCUUCCCUUACAGAUCAUCACUGUUGGGCCAAGGAAAAGGACCACCUGUGUCUCCAAUGAUUACUACUCAAACAGAGGCGUAGGCUAGAAUGUUCAUAGGGGUCUCUAAUCCAGACAUUUAGCUCCAAAUAAGUGUCCCAUCAUUGCUUCCUUCAGCAAGUCUCAUGCUCUGUAGUGAUCUUGGGAUAAAACAGAAAUGGUGUAGAGGGCAGAUAAUUAUUAUUUUAAAUGACCUCUUAAUAAACUAGAGUCUGAGACUAUUUAAAUAAUUAAUCAUGGAUACAUUCUAAGAGGUAGUAACACAGAUGUCUCAUUUUAAUUGUAUUAAUGUAUUUGAUUUUUGUAUUUGUUUUAUAACAAUUUAAUAUGAACUACUUGUGUUAAGGAAAACACUGUUUUAAUGUUUAAUAAGAUAAAGACACUAGGAUUCAAAGCAGCUCCACAGGAAAUGUGAAAAAUUGUAAAGAUAAUAAAGCAAUGUGAUUUAUCUAUAAAAUAAAUUGUGCAUUGGUGAGAGAUUGGGGGAGGGGCUUUAUUAACCAGACUAUUCUGUUGACAGAUUAUGAUUGUUCUCUGGUAUAUGUGUUGACUUUUUUUUAUUAAAGGGAUAUCGAACCCAAAAAUAUUCUUUCCUGACUCAAA